GACCGACUUCCGGCCGAGCCGAACUCGGCCGUAUCGAGCCGAAAGACGCCGAAGUUUGGCCGAACGUGAGCCGAAGCCCGAGGCCCGAGGCGACCUCACCGCGCAGCUGGGAGAAGUACGACUUUGCAAGAACUCUGUGCUGCUUGGGCUGUUGACAGCUUCAGCUCCAGGCGUUUGACUGCCCUCGCUCUACACUGGCCUCCACCGUGGCUGCCCCCAGCAUCCAGCCGACAACACCCGCAAGCAUGGCCGACUACCUGAUCUGCGGAGGUACUGGUUACGUCCCCGAGGACGGUCUGACCGGCGCGCAGCUCUUCGGCAAUGGCGACGGCCUCACCUACAAUGACUUCAUCAUCCUUCCGGGCUUCAUCGACUUCACCGCGGACGACGUGGAACUUACCUCUGCUCUCACAAAGAAAAUCACUCUGAAAGCACCUCUGGUUUCCUCUCCCAUGGAUACAGUAACGGAAUCGGAAAUGGCAAUUGCUAUGGCUCUUUGUGGCGGAAUAGGAAUCAUUCAUCAUAACUGUACUCCUGAGUAUCAAGCAAAUGAAGUUAACAAAGUCAAAAAGUACAAACAUGGUUUUAUUAGAGAUCCUGUGGUUCUAAAGCCAGAUGACACAGUGGGUGAAGUCUUUGAAACAAAGAAAGAACAUGGUUUCUGUGGUAUCCCAGUAACAAAUACUGGAAAAUUAGGAGGCAAACUUUUAGGUAUGGUUACCUCUCGUGAUAUUGAUUUCUUGGAGGGGAAGCAGAAUCAUAACAUCAAGCUGGAAAACGUAAUGACAAAGAGGGAGGAUCUAGUUGUUGCAUCUGCUGGUGUCACUUUAACUGAAGCCAAUGAUAUAAUUGAAAAGUCAAAGAAGGGAAAAUUACCGAUAGUCAAUGAUUCUGAUGAGCUAGUUGCUUUAAUUGCCAGAACAGAUCUGAAAAAGGCUCGUAGUUACCCUGAUGCCAGUAAAGAUGACAAUAAACAAUUACUUGUUGGUGCAGCAAUUGGAACACGCGAAAAUGACAAGGAGCGAUUACGUCUUCUUGCUGCGGCUGGAGUAGAUGUUGUUGUUCUGGAUUCUUCUCAGGGUAAUUCAACUUAUCAAAUUGAUAUGAUUAGAUAUAUUAAACAGACUUAUCCUGAACUUCAAGUCGUUGGAGGAAAUGUUGUUACGGCAGCUCAGGCCAAAAACCUGAUAGAUGCUGGUGUCGAUGGUCUCCGUGUUGGAAUGGGUUCAGGGUCUAUUUGUAUAACCCAGGAAGUAAUGGCUGUAGGCCGGCCACAAGGAACUGCAGUUUACAAGGUGGCUGAAUAUGCCAGAAGAUUUGGCGUUCCUGUGAUUGCCGAUGGUGGCAUUCAAUAUGUAGGACAUAUUAUAAAGGCUCUUUCUCUGGGAGCAUCAACAGUCAUGAUGGGAUCCCUGUUAGCUGGAACCUCAGAAGCUCCAGGUGAAUAUUUCUUCUCAGAUGGUGUGAGAUUGAAAAAAUAUAGAGGUAUGGGUAGCCUUGAGGCCAUGAAUCGCAAAGAUGCCAAGGGAGCUGCAAUGGAUCGUUAUUUCCACAAUGAAAUGGAUAAGUUAAAGGUGGCACAAGGUGUCAGUGGAGCAAUUGUGGAUAAGGGCUCAGUACGGAGUUUCCUCCCUUACCUUGCUUGUGGAAUCAGACAUGGUUGCCAAGAUAUCGGUUCACGAAGUCUAUCAGCCUUACGGUCAAUGAUGUACUCCGGAGAGCUCAAACUAGAGAGGCGUUCCAAUUCUGCCCAAGCAGAAGGUAAUGUUCACAGCCUUUUCUCUUAUGAAAAGCGCCUCUUCUGACAUUCGAAGGAUUCUAAUGAUACACAUAAUAUUCAUGAUAACAUAAACUUCUAGCUAUGUGAUUUGUUAAUGAAAUUUGACAUUGAUUGUAGACUUGGUAAUAACUCCGACUUUGCUGAAACUUUUGAUGUAUAUGUUUUAGGAUUUUUUAAAUUGACAAAUAGGUUUUAACAGAAUCUUGUAUAUAGGAAAGGGACCACAGUUUGAACUUCAGAUUUAUGACUUCUCUUAAAUAUGCUCUUUCUGUCACAGUAUUGAUCAAUAAAAAGAUCUAAUUUAUA